AAAUGGUACAGUAUUGUGAUAUUAGAGGUCUGCAGUGUUCCUGCCUAAUACUGAGCUUCACCAUGAGCACAGCCCUGCACAACCCCCUCAAAUCGUGAGUACUGCUCCCCCAAACAGCAAGCCCCCCCAAACCAUGUGUGCUGCAUUAUUCAGAGGGAGGUGGGGGGGCUGCUCCCCAAAACACCAACACCUGCUGGUACCUACCUCCUCUAUGCACAGCAUGGACCUGGUACCUACCUCCUCUAUGCGCAGCAUGGACCUGGUACCUACCUCCUCUAUGCGCAGCAUGGACCUGGUACCUACCUCCUCUAUGCGCAGCAUGGACCUGGUACCUACCUCCUCUAUGCGCAGCAUGGACCUGGUACCUACCUCCUCUAUGCGCAGCAUGGACCUGUUACCUACCUCCUCUAUGCGCAGCAUGGACCUGGUACCUACCUCCUCUAUGCGCAGCAUGGACCUGGUACCUACCUCCUCUAUGCACAGCAUGGACCUGGUACCUACCUCCUCUAUGCGCAGCAUGGACCUGGUACCUACCUCCUCUAUGCACAGCAUGGACCUGGUACCUACCUCCUCUAUGCUCAGCAUGGACCUGGUACCUACCUCCUCUAUGCACAGCAUGGACCUGAUACCUACCUUAACUAUAUCUGGCAUAUUGUCCAUCUAUAGGUAUACAGUCUGUUUCUAGUGUAAAACAGAAUACAUGUUGCACGCUGUCUGUCUAUACAGAUAUACAGUAUCUCCCAAAAGUGAGUACACCCUCAGAUUUUUGUAAAUAUUUUAUUAUAUCCUUUCAUGUGACAACACUGAACGAAAGACACUCUGCUACAAUGUAAAGUAGUAAGUGAACAGCCUGUAUAACAGUGUAAAUUUGCCGUCCCCUCAAAAUAACUCAACACACAGCCAGUAAUGUCUAAACCGUUGGCAACAAAAGUACUAAGUGGAAAUUGGGCCCAAAAUGUAAACAUUUUGUGUGGCCACCAUUAUUUUCCAGCACUGCCUUAACCCUUAUGGGCAUGGAGUUCACCAGAGCUUCACAGGUUGCCACUGGAGUCCUCCUCCAUGACAACAUCACAGAGCUGGUGGAUGUUAGAGACCUUGCGCUCCCCCACCUUCCGUUUGAGAAUGCCCCACCCAUGCUCAAUAGGGUUUAGGUCUGGAGACGUUUCGCCAGUCCAUCACCUUUACCUUCAGCUUCUUAACAACGCAGUGGUCACCUUGGAGGUGUGUUUGGGGUCGUUAUCAUGUUAGAAUACUGCCCUGCCGCCCAGUCUCUGAAGGGAGGAGAUCAUGCUCUGCUUCAGUAUGUCACAGUACAUGUUGGCAUUCAUGGUUCCCUCAAUGAACGGUAGCUCCCCAGUGCCGACCAUGCCGCUCCCACCACCACCUGGUUGCUGCCACACACGCUUGACACCAUCUGACCAAAUAAGUUUAUUUGGUCUCAUUGGACCACAGGACAUGAUUCCAGUAAUCCAUGUCCUUAGUCUGCUUGUCUUCAGCAAACUGUUUGCGGGCUUUCUUGUGCAUCAUAUUUAGAAGAGGCUUCCUUCUGGGAAGACAGCCAUGCAGACUAAUUUGAUUCCGUGUACGGGGUAUGGAUUUGAGUACUGACAGGCUGACCCCCCACCCCUUCAAACUCUGCAGCAAUGCUGGCAGCACUCAUUCAUCUUUUUUCCAAACAUAACCUCUGGAUAAAACGCUGUGAACGUGCACUCAACUUCUUUGGUCGAUCAUGGCGAAGCCUGUUCUGAAUGGAACCUGUCCUGUGAAACCGCUGUAUGGUCUUACCCACCAUGCUACAGCUCAGUUUCAGGGUCUUGGCAAUCUUCUUAUAGCCUAGGCCAUCUUUAUGUAGAGCAACAAUUCAUUUUUUCCAAUCCUCAGAGAGUUCUUUGCCAUGAGGUGCCAUGUUGAACUUCCAGUGACUAGUCUGAGAAAGUGAGAGCGAUAACGCCAAGUUUAACACACCUGCUCCCCAUUCACACCUGCGACCUUGGAACACUAACGAGUCACAUGACCCUGGGGAGGGAAAAUGGCUAAUUGGGUUCAAUUUGGACUUUUUCACUUAGGGGUGUACUCACUUUUGUUGCCAACGGUUUAGACAUUAAUGGCUGUGUGUUGAGUUAUUUUGAGGGGACAGCAAAUUUACCCUGUUAUACAGCCUGCACACUUACUACUUUACAUUGUAACAGUGUCUUUCGUUCAGUGUUGUCACAUGAAAAGACAUAAUAAAAUAUUUACAAUAUGCGAGGGGUGUACUCAUUUUUGGAAGAUUACAAUACAUAUUACAAUAAAUUAUGGAUCAGACCGGAAGCAUUAUGGACUCACAGUCUGAUAUAUUAAUGCAGCAAUAUUUGUUGAAUCAAAUAUUUUUCAAACACACACAGCCAAGUGAAAUUCAGAGCUUAUCCUGUAAUAACCAAACUGUAAACCGUCACUUUGAAUUCCCCACAACUCACAAUUUAGUGUACGUUUUUUUUAAAUUAAGUUUUUAAAGAUGUCGCCACCCCCACCAUCCCCCCAAAAAAGUGAGCAUUUCAAAAAGAUUAAAUGUAUGACAUUACAUUGAAAUUCCAACACAUUCAACAGAUAUCAUUAGACAAAGCUGAGGGUAGUUUGUUUUUUUUUAUCCUCAAGUUGACAAAACUUGACAAAAAGCAGCGUUCGAGCCAUCAAGUUUGGUCCCUUAUCCUGGCCAUCACUAGUUACAGCUGUGUGAAUAAGGCAUUAUUUCGCUGAUCGUAAAAUAAGAUCUAUAUAAACUCCAGCGAUCCCUCAGGAUCUGCAAUAUUACUUUCUAACUGUUACAAAGAAUCCCAGUUUUCCUAUAUUUUUUUAUAUGGGGUAAUAUAAAUUAAGUUGAUCAUUGGGAAAUCGACUUUAUUCGAAAACGAUAAAAGGAGCUCAUAAAUUAAUGACGUGUGUGGUGUUUAUAUUGGGCUUGUGUUUCUUUCUCUAAAGUAUGUCUUCCAUUCUGAAUCUUAACCCACUGCUCCCCCCAAGUUUUUUCUUAUAAAUAUUUUAUUCUUUAUAAAUACUUUUUUUUUUAUUCAAAACUUUUUACUAAUUUUUUUUUUAGAAGGGCUAAGAACUUAACAGGGGUCAUUUUAAAAUUGCAAAAAAUAUCCAGCUCAGUUAUUUGGCGUAAAAUUUGGCGUUCCCUUUUCUUUUUAUUCAGAAUUCCCCGAUUAUGUUCCUCAUUGAUUGCUGGAUGGGAGUUGAUCAGUGAUUUUUACAGUUCAUGCAAUUUAAUAUUGUCUCUCAACGGCUGGCGUUUAAAAUGUUCCAUGCUCUGUGUAGGUAUGGUCUUGUUGUCUAUGGGUGAAUGCUGACUCCUGUCUAAGACACAGGACUUUGUCUAUCUUUCAAGGUCAGUGCUGAGUACAGUUUCACGUGUGGUGUACUGUGUCUUCCACUUCAAACCCCAUGGGGGAAACCCAAAAAAUCAUUGAAAAAUACUUCAGGGGUGUGCUCUAGGUUAACAUUGAGGAAACUUGCUUUGUAGCUCAGCUUAUUAAUGCACCAACUGCGCUACCUGCUUAGAUUUAAGUCUACACAGUCUUUGAUCUUUCUGAGCUCAAUAUAGUGAGUUUUAAUGAGUUUGGUAAUAAUUGAAGAUAUCUCAGAAUGGGCGAUACCCAAUGUAUCUUUAUUAAAAAAGAAUUUUAAAAAUAAUGAUGUUUAAACCUGAUUGAACAUUCUGCAAUCUUUAUUAGGUAUUCAGACACAUAACAAGCUUGCAAUAUAUCUCAAUAGUACAGACAUAUUUUUUUUCAACUUUCAACGUCUUUAUAAACUUGUUUAUUUAGUGGAAACUAAUUCCAUAGUGUUAGAUGUAUUACGUACAGGAUGUACUGUGUAAAAGUGCGAGAUUCACGUUUUCCUGUGAGUGUGUGCAGUAGAGUGGUUCCAUUAUGUACACCGGAUAAUCGCGUGUAUACGGGGAUAAAGUACUUAUAUCUAAAGAAGUGAUUCCAGAAACUCUAUACAGAAUUGUGCAGGAUGGUCUCAGUGCCGCAGUCAUACAAUGGGAAGGAUGGGGCAACGUAUUAGAAUAUCAGACCAUCCGCCAUUCUUUGUCCCUCUUCGCAGUAAUACUUUCACAUAACUGUGUUCUUAUCACUAUUCCCGUUCAGGGGCCAUCAACGUAAACAUCCAACAGGCAAAAGAAGAAACUUUGCUUUCACUAUACACUUCUCACUCACGUCCCGCCAACCCAGUAUUUUUCAUGAAUAAAGUGCUAGACAGCCAUGUCUGAAUGUGAGCUAACCUAUAAACUAGAAGACAGGUAUGGCAUGGCGAUGCCUAGGGAUUAUGGGAGUAGGUACAUGGAAUGGGAACAUGCUAGGUAAACACUGCUAAAGAAAAAAAAAUAUAAAAAUAAAGAGUGGUCUGUUACUUCAAACAAGAUAAAAAGCAAAUAAAAUACCAGAGUCCGCCACAAUGAGCCCCCUGCAUCCUCCUCCGAUCCCCCGUUUGUGUGGAGACUGCUGGACUCUCAGAAAGCGACACUUCGUUCGUAGGCGUAUGUAGCGUGGAAGCAGUGACGGUUAGCCUUCACCUGAUGUCCCCAGCUCCAUGCUAGUACAGGAGCCGCCAUCUUGACGGGUUAAGAGGCUCAGUUCGAGCCCUUGUUAGGCCCUGCUCUGUAGCUGGCUCAGUGUCGGAAUACGGCACUGGUAAUCUCUCAAGUCCUAUCUAUGGACUCUGCCAUGGAGGCAAAGGGACUCCGUGACCUCUUGGGCCACCAGAAGCCCUCGAGGGCGCUUUGGAUUGGAGCGGGUGAGUAUUUUGUGGUGAUGUGUCUGAGGUUUGCGAUUGAGUUGUCAGGUCACAUUGCUGUCUCACUUCAAUAGUGGUCCAGAAUCUCGUAAACAGGAGAUCCAUCUUAGUCAGGAUUGUUGUGACAUGGGUCUCGGCUGGGUCUCUGGUCGCGAUCACUGCCAUCUUGGAAGCCGCGCAGUGACCCCAGGCAGAACAGUUCCUGUUGCCAAGAGUGUCGGAGGGAGACCUCCUGGCGGCUGUGAUGGCCCCCACCGGUCCAUAGGAAGGUUUGGGAAGAGUGCAGAAGUCCACUCAAAGUAUCAGGAUGUGGUGUCUGGAGAGCUGCCGUCCCUCUGAUGCCUGACAGGUUUAAAGGCCGCAGGAAGUCAGGGAAGAGUAUUCCGGUUCAGAAAAGUACUGAGUACUGUACCGAUCGAGUUGCCAGAUUCCCCACUAUGCGGUGAGUAACACCUUGGAGCAGAGAAAUAAAGCUUAUUAAGCGAGUGUUGCUCAGGAGCUUGCCUUGGAUGCGUCCACUCUGCUUGUCAGCCAUGCGCCGCCCUCCAUAUUGAAUUUUUUUUAAUAUGAUAUAUUUUGGAUAUCUUAACCUUGUGAAAUUUUUUAAAAAAAAGUUUAUCCAAACAUAUUAAAGCAUUUAAAUAGCUUAUCCAAAAACAUUAAAUUGAGGAAGUACUUUGUACAAAAGAGCCUCAAUGGCUGGAUCACAGUUCACGGGCAGGGCCCUUUUUACUUCUUGUAUUUGUCCAUGUACAUUGGAUUGGCUUUUUUGAUAUGUUGACACCUUAUAAACGCCGUUACUAAUAAAUAAUAAUAGGUGGGAACAGAAGAAAUGCGUUGGCUGAAUUGCAAAUAUUAGGAGACACUGAGCACUGGAAUUGGUUGAAUGAUUUGCAAGACUCCUUAAAGAGAUUUUGGAGCAUUUGAAUAUGGGGAAGAGGAAUAGAUUCUUAAAACACAUGUCAAUGCGUUUCAGAUGUAUGUGGCAGCUUGGGUGAAGAUCUUUGGAGCUGGACAUUGGAAAGCUCUGCGGAAUAAGCUGGCGCUACACAAGUGAUAAUUUUCUUAAACACUGAGCGGAGCUAUACGCUUAAUCCCGACGGCCGUCGCCAGUGACUUCUGCAAACUGCAGGAUCCUGCAUCGACCUCAAUACUGUACUCUCGAUCAUUAGCGAGAGUACAGCUGUGACCUAAUCUGCGCCAGGAGCUGAAGAGGAGGAACAUGGAGGCGCCCACGAGGGAUAGGUUCAGGUAAGUAGAACUCACCUUUUCGUAUAUUAAAAGCUGCCACUUUAGGGAUUUCAAGUAGUUUGAAUGAAGUGCUGAAAAUAGUUAUAAAUAGUUAAAAGUUAAUAUUUUUAAAUCCGGUAUUUCAAGGAAAUUAAAGGAACACUAUAGUCACCUAAAUUACUUUAGCUAAAUAAAGCAGUUUUAGUGUAUAGAUCAUUCCCCUGCAAUUUCACUGCUCGAUUCACUGUCAUUUAUGAGUUAAAUCACUUUGUUUCUGUUUAUGCAGCCCUAGCCACACCUCCCCUGGCUAUGAUUGACAGAGUCUGCAUGAAAAGAAAACUGGUUUCACUUUCAAACAGAUGUAAUUUACCUUAAAUAAUUGUAUCUCAAUCUCUAAAUUGAACUUUAAUCACAUACAGGAGGCUCUUGCAGGGUCUAGCAAGCUAUUAACAUAGCAGGGGAUAAGAAAAUCUUAAUUAAACAGAACUUGCAAUAAAGAAAGCCUAAAUAGGGCUCUCUUUACAGGAAGUGUUUAUGGAAGGCUGUGCAAGUCACAUGCAGGGAGGUGUGACUAGGGUUCAUAAACAAAGGGAUUUAACUCCUAAAUGGCAGAGGAUUGAGCAGCGAGGCUGCAAGAGCAUGUUCUAUACACCAAAACUGCUUCAUUAAGCUAAAUUUGUUCAGGUGACUAUAGUGUCCCUUUAAGCUAAAGUUGUUCAGGUGACUAUAGUGUCCCUUUAAGCUACUUUACCCAUAAUCAUCUGUAACAAUGAAAUUGUGUCGGUUUAUACGUUUUGCUCAUUUUCUCUGACUGACUUCCCUUUGAUCUUAAUAUCCUCUCAGCUCUGUAAAAUGUGUGGGAAAAAUAGCAAAAUAUGACUGUUUUUCUAUACAGAGACAAAAUGUGUUGGGUGUCUCCAACAUUUAAAGUGACCGAUUCAGUUUUCCAACUGUUGCUGUAGGUGAUCCCAGUGUGUUCCCUAAAACCUUCUGGAGUGUCUGAAUAUUUAGCAAAGACCCCUGAUUGGUGUGCGGUGGCCCGGGGUGCAGUGCAGUUAAUUUUACUUACCUUAUGCUGUUCCGCCUGGGCCCCGCCAUCUUCACAACUCCUGGCGCUUCAUCCACCAGGCGUGCAUGUCCGUGCUGUACCCUCGUGUGACCGCUGCAGUCUCCAUACAUAUUAUCUUGUGGUGAGUAAGAUAUUGCCAUAUUCCCACCACCAUCACUAGAAAACUUGACGGCGGUAGAUCUGACAUAUGUCACGUUUUGUCAAGUGGAGGAUUUACCAUAAAACAAUAUAGUCUCUUCCUGGGCCUCAAUUUAAUAAACUUUCCAAAAGAUCCAGUACUGUUAGAAAACCUUCCAAAUGUUUUACCUACGGAAAUUCCCAUAGACUCUAAUAGUGACUUCCGUGGAUAAGGAAUCAUUUCAUUAAUUUGAGGCCUUUGACGUACGAUAAUUGUUGAUUGAGGUGUAAAUUCACUGAAAUUCCAACACCGCCUUUAUCAGCAUUUCAUAAAUAUUUUCUUUAUGAUGUUUUGGGGGUGACAGAGCUGCUUUAAUGUCUUAAUAAGAAUGGCGUUUUGGAAAUCAAGCUUUUCAAAGAUACCAUGUUAAUGCCUUAUUAUAAAAAUCAUGGUUUCCUAAAAUAAUAAAACAAGUAUGAAAGCUCAAAUAACAACUCUAUUAGAAUGAUGAGAAAAUACUAUCCAGUAGCACCUAUAACAUUAAACAUUUAUUGCAUUUAAUGAGUCUUAAUGAUUUUUUUAGAUGAUGUAUAUUUAUUUAUUUUUUUAGAAAAUUUCACUUUUUUUUUGUUUUUAUUCUUUAUUUUGUUGUGCUUAAGGGUACAAACAGGCUCGUUCCGCUACGACAGCUGGAGCAAGCAAUGCGGUAUCAAUCGUAUUCGUGGCUUAUCAAACAGCACAUUUUUGAGUUUUAUUAAAUACAAGGUAGGAACAUCAUGAUACAUCGCAAGACCUGCGUAGGAACUUUGAGUUCGUACGGGUAUGGCUGUGACUGAAAGGUCUUAAACUAACAAUAAUGAAAGUCUACAUCUGCAGUGUGUAAUUAGACAAAUCUAUGAUGGCAUCUCAUGGUGUGCACCUAACAGUGUGAAUGAAUGAGGCUGUACUCUAGAAUGAUGUGCGUAACACUCCCUCAAGUGCAACCUGGGUUGGCAGGGUUUGCUUCCUCUGUAAGAGUAAGCCAAGUGCUGUUAGUCCUCUGGUAGGGUCUCCCCACCUGGGUUGCAAUGUGAGGGCUGUGGUGUAUUGCUGUAGCGUAUGCCCUGUCCAUCUCCUAGGGAACGUGUAUGGGGCGUGUGGUAGGGCUCCGUCCCACCAGAGCGAAGUCAAGUUACUACACCUUACCUAUGGGGUCACGGGGGGAGGAUCUAGUCAGGCAGUAGGUUUUAAACAUCAUGAGUCUUUGUAGGUGCUGAACUGCUAACUUAUACUAAGGAAGGCACAAUACUUGGUUCUCCAUUAACGUGUAAAAUUCAACGAAGUAAGAAAAGAAACAAAAUAAACGUUAUAUAUCAUACGGUGAGAUAGAAACUGUUAGGCUGAUAACAUCAGCGAUACUAUGCGAGCCGCAUGGCUCCGUGUAGUGUCUGCUCAGGUCACUGCUAUUUUAUUCCGGUCUCCUCUGGGGGUGAAUGAGACCGUUCUCUCAGGAUCCCAUGUGUGAGAUGCGGACGUGGAGGGUGUCUCUUGGGCCCCUGUGUCUUGUGAGAGUCCCAAGGCUUGUAGGAAAGCGGGGGCUUCCGCAAGAGAGUUGAGUUUUAGGACAGUGUCGUUCCGUAAUGCUGCUAGGGUUCUUGGCAGCAGCCACCUUUGCGUGUUGGAGCUGGACGGUUAUAGGGCUUAGUGACUUUCGCCAUUGUAGUGUGGUGCGCGUGAUGUCUUGAAGAGACUGAGUCUGAUGACUCAAAGUCCAGUGGGGUCUUGUUCCUGACUGCAGUUAGAAAGCACCGUUUGUACAGUAUGGAGUGACAGGGCACAAUUACAUCACGCAGAGCUGCCGGCGGUGCUUGUUUAGCCUUAUUGAUUCUUUCUUGGCCUGGGUGUGAGACAACAGUGUAGCAGUUAACCUCCGUAGGUAGUGAGACUGUUCUGUCUGCCUACAGAGUCCGGUAUUCCCCGGAUUUUGAUGUUCAUGCGUCGGUUGCGGUCUUCCAUAGUAUCCAGUCCAAGUUGGUACGCAGAGUCAGAGGAUUGCAGCUGGCGUAGGGGAUCUCUAAUUGUUUUCAGUUCUUGUCAAAUAUCAGUGAUAUCUUCCUCUGAGGCCAGGACUCUUUGGGACACGGCCUGUAUCUCUGUCCGACCUAAGUUCAUAUCAGCAUCGAACAUUUGCAUAAUCUCCUUAUUAGCUGCCUGAUAUUCUAUUUUGGCCUUCCCCCUCAGUCUGUAGCUCCUAGGAGCUUCCCUUCCCCCCUGAAGUUAGGUCGGGGCUGUGGGGACUGGAUGUCAGGUCUGAGCCGGCCGCCAUUUGGUGGCUCUGGGGCCUUUGCAAUAAAGUCCCUAUGUCCUGGGUUUCUUUGGGGACCCUUGCCUGGGAUUUGAGGGAUUUCCUCACCAUGUUGUGGUCGGUGAGCAGGGUGUCGAUUGUACCUCAUGUGCAAGCUCUGCGUACUGUUCCAGGCGUCGGGUCAGGAUCAACGCCGGUGAGACCGUGAGGUAGGCCCGGGUUUUACAUCAGGUUUUCCUGCCCUUCUGUGCAUACAAAAAGGCAUCAGCGUAUAGCCCGUGGUGACAGGGCAACAAGGCACUCGUGUGUGUGUGUGUGUAUGCCUGGGACUCACUGGAGCCGCGGAUGGUAGCGGAUUUUACACCUUUUCGCAGGAGCAACGGUAGAGUCUGUCCCAACAUGGCCACUUAGCCAAAUAAAAAGUGACAUUUACAUUUUUUUUUUUUAAAUGAAAUGCAAUAAACUUUUAAAAAUACGAAAAGUGAAAAUUUGAAGAUAGUUGUCUGCCUCAAAAAUAUGUCAAACAUAGUACACCACUAUAAAUAUGUUCUAUAUAUAUAUCUAUCUUUGUUCAUAUCCCUGUUACAUUGUAGAGCAUUUCAGAACCUUCUGACACGUAUGAAAAAUAUUAUAAUGCUGGCUACGUUUUGACAUAUAUUUCAAAUAUGAUGGAUUAUCUUAUUAUAUUCACGUAAAUAAAACGUGAUUUUUAUGCUAAUUUACUCUCAAUAAUUGAUUUUGUGCGCCAGACAGAGCUUACUACUCUAGUGCAAUGGAAUGUCUCAAAUAUAGUAUUGGAAUCUGUCACCUGAGGACGGUUCUCACUGCUCUGAAACAUUGCAAAUAUAUACUGUAUGUAUUUAGUUAUUCAUUCAGUAGUUUGUUCAUUACCAGAUUUGGCAAAAGUUAUUUAUUUAUUUUGAAAUCUUUUCUAAGCUUUUAAUAGCAUACGUUUUUCUAGAGUGAGAUAAAAAAAAUUGAAAGUUAGCUAAAUUUAGAUUUAAAAAAACCUAUAUUUUAAAUGUUCCCUUUGUGAACUUGUAUUUCUUACACAUUCUGAUUUCUGCUAUAUUUUCCUUAAUGAAGAAUUAUCUUACAUAAUUAUAUGGUUUUCCCUUAUUUAUAUUACCCUCCGUCUUUCUAUAAAGGUAUCCUAGGAGAUGACAGAAUAUUUAUUAGCAUUGAUUUCAUAGUAUAUUAUAUUUUUAUUAUGGAAUUUAAAGGAUUAAUUAAAGGAUAUUCUAAGCUCCAUAACCACUAUAGCCACUGCAGUGUGUGCGCUUGCCCUUUCUGCUGAGCCUUAGGUAAGUUUGAAAUGAACCAAGAGUCCCUCUGGGACUCGAUGGACUUCCAUAUAUACAAUAUCUGUUGCAUCUGUGUCUCUAUUUAGAAAUCAUUCUUCAUCUGGUGCAUGUCAGCUGAUGUCAUCCAAACUUGGACAAAACUGAUAUUAUUAAAGUGGAAGUGAAACUUGUGUAUUAGCAUUAUGGACAGUGAGGGGCAGGGUCACAGGUGCUGGGGGGACUCUUGAUUUGUGUCAAACUGUUCGCAAACAAUUUGGAACAUGAAUGGGAAGCAACAUCAAGGGUAUAUUGGUACCAAAACCACUACAGCUCUCUGAUUUGGAAUUUUUUGUUUAUGAUUCCUUCUUUUCUUCUGUUUGUUAUAAAUCCGCUGUACUUGUAGUUUGAAUUUCAGGGUAAAGCAAGUAGUGAAAAUAUAACAUUCCUAUCUGUUUCUCUUUAUUGUCAACAGCCUGGGAGAAGAUUUCUACCGGGAAGCUAUUGAGCACUGUCGCAGUUACAACGCGCGCCUUUGCGCAGAGAGAAGUAUGAGGCUACCAUUUUUAGACUCCCAGACCGGCGUGGCACAAAAUAAUUGCUAUAUCUGGAUGGAGAAAACACACAGGGGCCCAGGUGAGGGAGGAGAAUAUACAAGUAUUUUAUCAAUAUUAUUAAACUUUCAGUUUGAAUUGUAAUAUAUAGUGAUAAAUAAUGCAAGUGAAAGUACGCUUUGUAUUUGUGCACUUAGUUCCAGGCGGUUACUGUAAAAGCUAGCAGUAGAGGCAUGACAUUGUAAAAUCACAAUGCUAUUUUGUAAAUCCUUGGAGUAUGGGGAAAAUUACAGCCUGAUGUUCAGUUGUCAUUGACAGCAACCAAUGAGCAAUUAAAGAUACAGCAGUAAUGUCAAUCCCAUUAUUCUGAUAUUACAGCACUUUGAUUAUAAAGAGAUUUGUGAAAACGUGUGUUAUAACAUGUUAAACACUUAGCGAAUGCAGCACCUCAAAGAACUAUAAUGUUUUUGCACCUGGAUACCUCCCCGACUUGAUACUGUGUACAAGCCAUGUUAAAAGAACACUGGCCACCAGAGCAACUGCACCGAAAUACAGUUAUUAUGGUACCAAGAGGUCCCUGGUGCUGGCUCACCUUAAGAGGUUAAACCGUUCUCUGCCUCUCUGUCUUUCCGUUUUCUCAAAAUCUUUAAACUGGAAGGCAUUUGCAGAAUCAGGCAACUAACACUCUUAGCCAAUCAGUGACGGCCCAUUCAUAAAACUUGCUUUAGAAAGAGGUCGCAACAGCACCAAGAGAGACGCGGCGCUCGAGAAAAGGGGAGUAAUUUUGUUUAUUUAAAAAAAAUAAAAAAUGUCUAACUUUUUAUUUUACACAGAGGGGAAUAAUUGAUAAUGGGCAUCAGGGCUGUAUUCAUUUAAGCGUUUUAAGAUUUGUUAACUUGACUGCUAUACAUGUGAAAAAAUAGUCCCUACCUUUUUAUGUGUUUUACGAAAACUGAAGCAGAAAGCGAUUUAGACACAGGGAGCUAUAUAUAGAAGCAUUCCUUAAAGGAAUAAACACACACUGCAAUGUCUAUAUGGAACAUAAUGGGUUAAUUGCACACCUGUCACCUGUUAGAAACAUCUAUGCACUUGGUUGUCCAUAACCAUCACCAUGUCAUGUAAUCAAAAAGUCUUCCAAGGCGCCAGAUUGGGGAUUAUUUUUUAUUUAUUUUUUUGUCCUUAAAGGUACACUAUAGUCACCAUAACAACUACAGCUUAUUGAAUUUGUUCUGGUGAGUAGAAUCAUUACCUUCAGGCUUUUUGCUGUAAACACUGUCUUUUCAGAGAAAAUGCAGUGUUUCCAUUACAGCCUAGUGAUAACUUCACUGGCCACUCCUCAGAUGGCUGCUAGAGAUCCUUCCUGGGUCAUGGCUGCCUAAAAUGCAUCCAAACAUUCAGGAUCUCCUCCCUCUGCAUGCAGACACUGAACUUUCCUUAUAGAGAUACAUUGAUUCAAUUCAUCUCUAUGAAUAGAUGCUGAUUGGCCAGGGCUGUGUUUGAAUCCUUCUGGCUCUGCCCCUGAUCUGCCUCUUUGUCAGUCUCAGCCAAUCCUAUGGGGAAGCACUGUGAUUGGAUCAGGCUACCACAUGUCAGCAGACUGCUUGUUUUUCUGAGUCUAACAGCAUGCAGAGUUACAGCUUCAGGCUUGAAUACAGUAAGAUUUUGCUAUAUUUAUGGAGGCAUGAGGGGGGACUAAAUGGUGGUGUUAACACUAUAGGGUCAGGAAUAAAUGUUUGUGUUCCUGACCCUAUAGUGAUCCUUUAACCCUGUGAUUUUUGGGCCAUUAACCAUUUCAAGCUGAGAUUAAAAAUUCUAAGUUACAAAAUACAUAUUUCUUAUACAAUUGAACAAUGCAGUAAAAAUACUUUUAGUAGAAUUUCAAAAUCCCCUUUCUGGCUAAAUGUCCACCUUUUCUUACUUGCUUUCUAUAGCUUAGUUGAUCCACCCCCUUUUUGCCCAGCACGAACUUCAUUGUUUGUGUUGAGCAGUGACCAGUCAGAUACAAGAAUCUAUGAACCCGUACGUAAAAAUAGAUGCAAAAUAUUAAUAUAUAUAUAUGUAUAUAUAUAGUGACAGAACACCCUAUCACUGAAAUACUGUGUUCACCUACUUUUUCCCUGUUUUGUUUGGUAACCGAACCAAAGCACGAACUCCACUUGUUAUACCUCCCAUACUCAGCCCUCCCGUAUGCUUGAUAACCUUGUUGACCCCUAUUGACACCUUCAUAACGUGUUUGGCUGGGUGGCCGCCAUUCGUAUGUACGUGGGAAGUGAGUUGGCGUCCAUCUUGUUCCCGCGAACACAGGGAGUGGUGUUCAGUCGUCGAGUGCAUGGAACCAAAAUCGGACACUCGCAUUGAUAAUGCUUUCCUAUGCGACCGGCUGAAUGCGCGUGCGCAUUCAGCCGACGGGGAGGAUUGGAGGAGGAGAGCUCCCCGCACAGCGCUGGAGGAAGGUAAGUUUUACCCCCUUUCCUCUCCCCAGAGCCGGACGGGAGGGGGACCCUGAGGGUGGGGGCACCCUCAGGGCACUAUAGUGCCAGGAAAACGAGUAUGUUUUCCUGGCACUAUAGUGGUCAUUUAAUGAGGCAGUUUUAGUGUAUAGAUUCACUGCUCAAUUCUCUGCCAUUUAGGAGUUAAAUCACUUUGUUUCUGUUUAUGCAGCCCUUGUCACACCUCCCCUGACUCUGAUUGACACAGUCUGCAUGAAAAAAAACUGGUUUCACUUUCAAUCAGAUGUAAUUUACCUUAAACAAUUGUAUCUCUUUCUCUGUACAUUGAGCUUUAAUCACAUACAGGGGGCUCUUGCAGGGUCUAGCAAGCUAUUAACAUAGCAAGGGAUAAAAUAAUCUAAAUUAAACAGAAUUUGUAAUAAAGGAAGGAUAAACUUUAGAUGAUUUUUAACAGGAAGUGUUUAGGAAGGCUGUGCAAGUCACUUGCAGGGAGGUGUGACUAGGGUUCAUAAACAAAGGGAUUUAACUUCUAAAUGGCAGAGAAUUAAGCAGUGAGACUGCAGUGGCAUGAUCUAUACACCAAAACUGUGUCAUUAAGCUAAAGUUGUUUUGGUGACUAUAGUGUCCCUUUAACUUUCUCAUCUCCUGUUGUGUGAAAAUCUGAAAAUGUUAUAGAUGGUGGAUCGCAAUAUACCUCAUUGUUUAUAGUUUUUUUUACAUGUUUGUUGCAUCUGUAUACAAGAUGUAAAUUAUAUCUGGAAAUGUCUUAGAAAAAGAAGCAAAAAAGAAAACAUGAAAAAUACAUUAUUAUGAGGUGCAACCUUCCAAAUUUGGUUAAAUGGGGAAAAUGGGAAAGAAAAAAAAUCUGUUUUAUUUGCAAGCAUAUUCCUUGAGUUUACAGAGAAAUGUCCGGCUAAAGCUCUUUCUUAGUAAUGAAAGACAAUGUCAGAAUUCGGAUUAUUGAUUCACAGUAAGAUGAGAUGUGGAUUUCAAACCCAGUGUAUUAUUUUAGAUAUUUAUCUGAAAAAUGUAUUCAGUAAAUUUGAAAACUUAUUUAAUUUUGUAUUUUUAAAACACGGUUUAUGGCAAAAUUAAUUAAGCACUGCUAAGGCGUAACAAAUGUAAACAAUCUAUUUUGCCAUAUCCUUGGAGGAAAACAUCUACAAUUUCUCACCUUGCUAUCGUUUUGUAUUGUGGAAUUGGAAAUCUCAGCCUGUUUUUUUUGUUCAUGUAGACAACAUCGGAGACUCCAAGGGUAAAUUAAAGAAACGAGUGCCACUGUUUUGUAAAUACAUUCUCCCCCCACCCUUAAUUCGCUGUUGAAUCCAGUAUUUAAAGCAAUGGAACGUUUGCGUGAACAGCCAGAGUUUUAAAUUGCGUUCUCUCCAGAGGCUGACUCCCGUGGCAUUAAUAUAAUGUGGGUCUGACAUUUAGUUUUGGUGUAAUAUCAGAUAAGCUAUGCUUCUCUUAAACCUCACCUGAAAGAUGUUUAUAUUAUUCCCCUUUAGGACUUUUCUAAGAUUAAAUGAUCUGCUUUCAGCCGAAUCUGAAGGCCAUGCAGGUGUCUAAUCUUGUGUUAAUAUAUAUAUUAUUUAAUAUCUAUGGUAAUGUGUUUAAACCACUGGGUACAUAUCUUGGCAAGCUCUAUGUCUAGCAAACCAUAAAAAUAAUAAAACACGCAAUUUGAAUUUAUUUAUUUUCAAAUGUUUAAUUUAAAAAAUUUUUUUUUUAAAGGACAAAUAGUUUAAGACAUUUGAAUGCUGUAUUUCUGCUAUAAUUUCCACCUUUUGUGCUUACAAUGAUAGGCAGAUACCGCUUUCCUUGUCAAUGUUGAAUAGAUGGUUUUUGAAACUGGAGCAGGACUCCGAGGAGAAAGCUGGACAGAGCCAAGCUUUAUCUCGCUUUAGCUGAAAUGAAAAUUAAAUGCAUAUUCCGUCUCAUUCUGUGGCAGGUCUAUCGGCCGGACAGAUUUACACAUAUCCCGCACGAUGCUGGAGGAAGAAGAGGCGGUUGGAUAUCUUGGAGGAUCCUCGUCUGAGACCCUGUGAGUUCAAAUUUGGUAAGGCGUUAGUUUGGGUGGGUCCAAGGUGUUAAUACUCUCAUUAUGCUAGGGGAGACCUGCAAUGCUUGGCACCCGAGAGAGGAUUACUGCAACCAAGUGAUGGAAAUUGCAAAGAGAAUUAACAUUAGAUAUGUAUGUCUGUCUGCUGUACAGGAAACUGGUUGCAUCAGGCAGGAAAGUCCGGUUACCGGAGGCAGGAAAGGCCGGUUACCGGAGGCAGGGAAGGCCGGUUACCGGAGGCAGGGAAGGCCGGUUACCGGAGGCAGGAAAGGCCGGUUACCGGAGGCAGGAAAGGCCGGUUACCGGAGGCAGGAAAGGCCGGUUACCGGAGGCAGGGAAGGCCUGUUACCGGAGGCAGGGAAGACCGGUUACCGGAGGCAGGGAAGGCCUGUUACCGGAGGCAGGGAAGGCCGGUUACCGGAGGCAGGGAAGGCCGGUUACCGGAGGCAGGGAAGGCCGGUUACCGGAGGCAGGGAAGGCCUGUUACCGGAGGCAGGAAAGGCCGGUUACCGGAGGCAGGAAAGGCCGGUUACCGGAGGCAAGGAAGGCCGGUUACCGGAGGCAGGAAAGGCCGGUUACCGGAGGCAGGAAAGGCCGGUUACCGGAGGCAGGGAAGGCCGGUUACCGGAGGCAGGGAAGCGCCGGGUUACCGAGGUAGGAAAGGCAAAUGGCUACCGGGAGUGCGGGGCAGCUACCGCUACCGGAGGUAGCCGUUACCGGAGGCGAAGGCCGGUUACCGGAGGCAGGGAAGGCCGGUUACCGGAGGCAGGGAAGGCCGGUUACCGGAGGCAGGGAAGGCCGGUUACCGGAGGCAGGGAAGGCCGGUUACCGGAGGCAGGGAAGGCCGGUUACCGGAGGCAGGGAAGGCCGGUUACCGGAGGCAGGAAAGGCCGGUUACCGGAGGCAGGAAAGGCCGGUUACCGAGGAAAGGCCGGCUACCGAGGCAGGAAAGUCGUUACCGAGGCGCAAAGCCGCUACCGAGGCAGGAAAGGCCGGUUACCGGAAAGGUGGGGAAAGGCCGGUUACCGGAGGCAAGGAAGGCCGGUUACCGGAGGCAGGAAAGGCCGGUUACCGGAGGCAGGAAAGGCCGGUUACCGGAGGCAAGGAAGGCCGGUUACCGGAGGCAGGAAAGGCCGGUUACCGGAGGCAAGGAAGGCCGGUUACCGGAGGCAGGGAAGGCCUGUUACCGUAGGCAGGGAAGGCCAGUUACCGGAGGCAGGGAAGGCCGGUUACCAGAGGCAGGGAAGGCCGGUUACCGGAGGCAGGGAAGGCCGGUUACCGGAGGCAAGGAGGUAG